AUGUCUGAUGACUCGGACUCCCCAGAAGUCGAGCACUCAGACGUCGAGUGCUUCGAGGCGCUGCCCGACGACACAGUCGAAGCCACCGGGUCGACGGAGAGUGCCAUCCGGAAGAUUAUUAGAGAAAACCAAGAAACAACCGACGUGGUGAAAUAUAUAUGUUUCACAAACGUCCUACCAACUAUUGCGGACAAUUUUUCUUUGCGCAGUACUCGGCAGAUGUUUAAUCGCCGCACUCGAUAUAUGAUCAUCAAGCUCUUUAUUGGGGCCCAUGAAACAGCUUCAUGCGGCCUGGGUGGUGCAGUGCAAUAUGAGAUAUACAAUAUGGGGCUGGGCAAGUCGAUUCGCCCGUUAGGGUCCAAAACCAUCCAAGAUGCAGAAUGGUGGCUCAUAAACUCGAGGGGCGAUGUGAAGCUUGUAAUUAUCGUGUCCAUUAGUCGAAAGACCCCCAACAUCAAGUUUGAGGCUGUUACUUUGGACCCGACUGUCAACUCCUUGCGACUGCAGUGGCCCAAGAUACGGCGGACCAUUACGGCAUCCCGCGACGCAAACAAACCCUACUCACAGAUUACCAUCAGGCCAGCAGUACCUUUGAUCAUCGGGUUUGAAGAAUUGCUUUGUCGUCAACCAGUCCCGCCUGAACACGACAUUGAACUAUCACCUGAUCGGUUGGGAGGGAUCUCAACACACGUGUGGGGGGAGCAAGGAUUCUAG